UUUUCAACCCUCAUCUCUCGCUCUCAUUCAAAAUUUUGAACUUCAAACCUCAACUCUUGAUUCUUCAUUCUGUGACAUUUUUAUUGCAUCGAUUGUGUAUGAGAGUUGAAGAUAUUCCGGGUGAGAUUUAUCUACUUUUUUGCUGGUUUGAUAAUUUUUAUUUUUUGAUACUUCCUUUUUCCUCGUAAAUGGGGUUUUAGUUCUUAUAUUUGAAGCUUUCUAAUGUUUGUUUCUUUUUAUUUAUUCGUUUAUUUUCAUCUCUACAAUGAAUAUUUGAAUGUCUGCUUUCUGCUGUUUAAUGGUUUUUACCCACUUAUAUUUCUCUUUAAAUCCUGUUAUUAUUUUAUCAAUAAUAAUGCAAAAAUUUGUAAAAUAGGGAACUAACGUGACAAAUUGUGAAAAGCUUUGUAAUUUGGGAACGCAACGUAGAUUUUUACAAUUUAAGUUUCACCCUCGAGAAGAAGCAAUUUGUGCCUUUGAAGCUUUUCAACAUAAACCAUGAAUCCAACUGCAUCUAUUUGAUUUCUAAUCCUGCUAAUUUUUCAGAUAGAGUUAAUUAUCUUGUACGUUGGUCAAAUGCAAAGAUCAAGGAGAGUAGAAAUGCCUCAAAACAAUCUACCUGAGGUCCACCUCAUCCGAGGACUUUAAGCUUGAAUUCUGACACGUUACACUAUCGAUCAAGAGUUGACAGGAGUCGAAAGCCAGCAGAUGGUCAGUUUCCUCGAGGGACUCUGUCUGAUCUUGCAAAUCGAAAGAAACUGGGGACACGUAUUGCUGAUUUGGAAUGUCACGUUGGCCAAGCACAGGAGAAGUUCAAAACUCUCAAGGACCAAUUAUCUUUAAAAGGGGCUUCAAAGAAAGUGGAGAAGAAAUCAAAGAAACAGCAAAUGGUUCUUGAGUCAUUGGAAACUCAAGAAAAUGACUCUAUUUCAGUUCAAACUGAAGAAUCCAAUGACAAGUACAAUACUAGUGCUUGUGAAACAUCUGAUGAAUACCAGCAGGAGACUGAUAUUUUUGAAGUUCCAGCUGAGAAAGUAACUAUGAAAUCGACAAGUAAACCAUGCCCCCUAGAUGAUCGAGAUGAAAUUGAACCAAAAUCUGUUGGUUUAUCAACUGAAUCACCAAAGAUGUUGGAGCCAGAAGAGUCAUCAUUACAUGAGUUGGCUCUGAAGGAUGAUGAACUGAAGUUGCUAAAGGCGAAGUUGGAGGACAAAGAAAAUGACCUGGAAGUAUUUCGCUUAGAAAAUGUGUGAACUUAAAGAACAAGCUAAAUGAAAAGUUGUAGGAGAUAUCAUCAGUGGGAUCCAAGAGAGAUGAAGUAACUUCAAGUUUGAAUCAAGUUGAACAAGAACUGGAAAGGAGCAAAAGCAGUGCUGUCCAGUUAAAUGAGAAAUUAGAAGCUGCUGAAAAUGCAGAGGAAUUAGAAACUGAAAUG